AUGUUGAAACUUGAUACGACUGUUGAAGAAUUGUGCAUUCCAAGUGUUCGACGUAUGGUCCCAAAGAGACUCUAUUCCUCCAAAAUGUAUAGGAAUUCGGUGUUCUUUCGAUUACAUCAAUCCCUUGACGGAGACGCCUUUGAAGUGUUUGGUCCAACCCCAUUUCGGAAAUCAGGAUACACGCGGGGCCAAAUUAUGCACAAAACCAGUGGAGGAAGAAGACCCAAGAAGAAAAUAUACCAGAGAGUCCAUGAACUAGACAGAAUGAUGGACCUCCAAAAGAAACCAUCCUUGAUUUUACAGCUGAAGUCCGUUAUCCAAUCCCAGAAAAACCAAUCUCUUCUUCUCAGAGACCUUGAGAAAGAAGUUGGGUUUGUUCAGAAAUGGAAUUACAUGGCCGUCAUUGAGAAGUAUCCUUCAAUCUUCCAUGUCGGCGGUGGUAACAGAACACCACCUGUAGUUAUGCUUACAGAAAAAGCAGAAAAAAUUGCGGCUGAAGAAGCUGAUGCUAGAGAGCAAAUGGAACCCAUUUUAGUUAAGAAUCUAAGGAAGUUGUUAAUGAUGUCAGUUGAUUGUCGAGUUCUAUUAGAAACAAUUGAAUUCAUUGAAUCUGAAUUGGGUUUGCCUGGUGACUUCAAGAGGUCAUUGAUUCCAAAAUACCCGCAAUUUUUUUCAGUAAAAGAUGUCAAUGGGAGAGCUUAUCUUCACUUGGAAAAUUGGGAUUCUUCACUUGCAAUCACUGCCCGGGAAGAAAGAUUGUCGCGUGAAAAGAUCCUAGACUCUAGUGGGCAAUCAAAAAAGUCUAGAAUAACAAAAGACGGUAAUUUUCGGGGUCCUUUUGCAUUUCACUUGACUUUUCCUGCUGGUUUUAGACCAAAUGUGAAUUAUCUUGAAGAAGUUCAGAGGUGGCAGAAAAUGGAAUUCCCUUCUCCAUACUUGAAUGCGAGGAGAUUUGAAGUUUCUGACCCUAAAGCUCGAAAAAGAGUGGUGGCAGUACUUCAUGAGCUCCUCAGUUUGACUAUGGAGAAGAGGCUGACAUCUGCUCAACUGGAUGCAUUUCAUGGGGAGUACCGGUUUCCAGCUAGAUUAUUGCUUUGCUUAAUUAAGCAUCAUGGUAUCUUUUACAUCACUAAUAAAGGUGCAAAGAGUACUGUAAUCCUUAAAGAAGCUUAUGAUGGGUCAAAUCUGAUUGAUAAAUGUCCUCUUUCGAUCUUUAGGGAUAAGUUUGUAGCACUUACUGGUAGAAGAGAGAUCAAUUCGUGCAUUGGAAUACCUUCAUCACAGUAUGUUGCAUAA